UAAUGGUGCUAAGGUGUCACUGGAUCUCCAGGCAGCCAGAUAGUGAAUGGUACUGCAAUGAGCACAGUGCAGCAUCGGUCCUCAUGGACAAACAAAUUCAAGUUGGCUACCUAUUUCGGAACGGUAACAGAACAUAUAAGGCCGAUGGCAAUGCGGACCUGCACGACCGUAGUCGGUGGUGUCUGGUAGGACUGAAGGAUACACCAAACCCUGGCGUCUAUUACAUCCGAGACUUCAUUGAGGAAGCACACCUGAACUCCAUCAGGAAGACGUAUGGGUUUAAAAGCACCGGUCGAAAACGUGACAUUUUGGGAUUGCCAAAAGGGGACCUGUUGCUACCUGGAGCAUACGACCUAACUGACUCCACCCAAGAGGUUCUGAAGCGCAAGAUGUCCUACUCUUUUAAGACAUGUCCACGGCCUGACAUUGUCACUCUGGGCAUCCGAGACAAGCAAAUUGACACUUCGCCUUGUCAUUACAAUGUGGCAGUGAAACCAGUGGAGAAGAUACCCUGCAACCAUGUGAUGUUUCGGUCAAGAGUACAAAGGAUCACUUUUCCACCAAAGGAGGGUCCUGCUCCUGGGGUCUACAAUCCUCCAAGCAAACCUGCAAAAGGCAUCACUUCCUCUUUCAAAUCCAAGCUGCCACGGCUUCACAGCGUGCAUUCAAUAACCCCAGGGCCAGGGGCACAUGAACCCCGCUGGAAGUCAGGUGACCGCCUUAGCAUCAAGCGCACUGUGGAGCCACGCUUUAGCCUUCUUUUCCGUCACACUCCCUAGUGUGACUACGUAGAGGAACAUUCCAUGCAAGUGAUGCUCUCUUUAUCCAAUAAAAGUACAUUCCUGAAUACACCAAACCUGCAGUCUCUUAAUGCUUGGACUCAUGUUUUUCUGCACGGGUUCUCUGGU